GUCGCUUGGUUAUUCUUGGAUCAGGAUGGGCAGGAUAUAAAUUACUUAAAGACAUAGAUACAAAGCAUCACGAAGUAAUAGUUGUUUCUCCAAGAAACUAUUUUGUUUUCACUCCAUUACUUGCUUCAUCAUCAGUUGGAACUUUGGAAUUUAGAUGCAUAAUGGAACCUGUAAGAAGAUAUUCACCUAAAGUACAAUAUUAUCAAGCUUACGCUGAUCGCGUUGAUUUUAAGGAACAAAUAAUUUAUUGUACUUCAAAUCUUGAACGUAAAACAGACAAAUUCAAACUUGAAUAUGACACGUUAAUAAUAGCUGUUGGUGCAAAUUCAAAUACAUUCGGUAUACCUGGUGUUGGUGAAUACGCCUUAUUCUUAAAAGAUGUGUCCGAUGCUCGUAGAAUACGUCAACGUGUCAUUGAAUGUUUCGAACAUGCAAGUCAACCAAUGGUUAAUGAAGAAGAAGCUUUUGGUUUAUUGCAUUUUGCUAUUGUUGGCGGUGGUCCUACCGGUAUAGAAUUCAGUGCCGAGUUGCACGAUUUCAUCACAGAAGAUAUGGCAAGACUUUAUCCCAGUUUAAUAAAUUCGGUCACAAUGACAGUCUACGACGUUGCACCACAAAUCCUUGGGUCUUUUGAUCAAUCACUUAGAGACUACGCAACAAAAAAGUUUACGAGAAAAGGUAUAAAAAUUAGAACCGGUCGUAAAGUAUUGGAAGUUAAACAACGUCACAUGGUCAUAAAUGAAGAUGGUGAAGUUCCUUAUGGAAUGCUAGUCUGGGCUACCGGAAUCACUGAAAAUCCUUUGACACGAUCAAUGUCUGAUCAGGUGAUGAAAGAUGGUUCGGCACAACGGUUAUUAACUGAUGAAUUUUUAAGAGUAUUGGAUAAAGAAUCCGGUUACCCAUUUGAUAACGUUUUUGCUCUUGGUGAUUGUGCAACCAUUAAAGAUUAUGAUUUACCUGCAACUGCUCAAGUUGCAAAUCAAAAAGCUCUUUAUUUACGAAAGGUUUUUACACGAAUUGCCAAAAAUGGUGGAUCACUUAUUGGAGUUAAACCUUUUAAAUUUACAAAUUUGGGUAGCAUGGCAUAUAUCGGUAAAAAAGAAGGUAAUUCAAGAUUUUGUAAUUUGAAAUUUGCAAGUAUUGAAUAG